UCAAAUCGGCCCCAGUAACGACAAUUCUGCAAGAAAGGACAACGGAAGGAACGGAGAAUGUUGCCAGAGGUGUUUGUUGUUCAGUCACUGCUCAACCUCGUCUCUGUUGGGGCGACCUACACACCCAUCCACCGGGACGGUUACUGUGCCUUCUAUGAGGACUGCGGCAAGAACCCUGAGGUAACGGGCAGCCUGCUUCCAGCCCGGGUGCCGUGCCUGUACAACGGGCCGGCCAAGCGGGUGACCAGCAGCAUGCACCUGCAGCUGCUGCAGCAGGUGUGCCCGAUGCUGGCGGGUUUGGGUGGCGAGACCCGGGCCUGCUGCUCACACCGGCAGCUGAAGAUGCUCGAGAAGAGCCUGGUGAUGUCCAAGCCGCUCCUGAGUAGGUGCCCCUCGUGCGUGGACAACUUUGUCAACCUGUACUGCCAGAACACGUGCAGCCCAAACCAGAGCGUGCACAUCAACGUGACCCGGGCCUUCCGCGCCAACAUCUCCGGCUCACUUGUCGAUGCCGUGCUCGAGUACCAGUGCUACUACAGCAGCCGCUUCGCCAAGGGCAGCUACAACUCUUGCCGCAACGUCCGCAUCCCCUCCACCGGCGGCUACGCCAUCUCCCCCAUGUGCGGCAAGUAUGGCGCCACGCUCUGCAACGCCGAGCGCUGGCUCCGUUUCCAGGGAGACAGCUCCAAUGGCCUAGCGCCGCUCGACAUCCAAUUCGUCCUGGUGCCGCCGACCGACAACGGCUCGGCCCCUGGCCCGGGCCCGGGAGGGGGCAUCGUGCCUUACGACGGCGUCUUCCAUCGGUGCGACCAGCCCUCAGGGCCUGAGGGGCAGGCCUGCUCUUGCCUGGACUGCGUGGAGUCCUGCCCGGCGCUACCCACACCCCCGGCGCCUCCGGGGCCUUGGACGAUAGGCCGGAUGGACGGGCCCCUGGCGCUGGGCCUGAUUCUUUUCGUCGGGGCUGUCCUCCUCUUCGCCUGCCUCCUCUUUCUUUGCAGGCAGUGCCCAGACGACCACGAGAAGAACAAGGCCCCGAAGGUUACCUGCACCAGGCCGUCCACGCAGCAGAGGCUGAGUUGGGUUUUCCAGAGCUGGGGAACGGCGGUGGCUCGGCACCCGGUGCCCGUCCUGCUGGCGUCCUGCGUCGCCGUGGCCGUGCUCUCCUGCGGCCUGGUCUUUGUCAAACUGACCACCGACCCCGUGGAGCUGUGGUCAGCCCCCGAAAGCCAGGCCCGCAGUGAGAAGGCCUUCCACGACGCCCAGUUUGGGCCCUUCUUCCGCACCAACCAGAUCAUCGUGACGGUGGGGCCGGACGGUCACCCGGGAUACACCUACAACUCAGUGUUCUUCGGGCCUACGGCCUUCAGUGGCCUCUUCUCCAAGGAACUGUUACUGCAGCUGCUGGACCUCCAGACGCGGCUUCAGUCCAUCAGUGUCUGGUCGGAGACAGCGCGCAGGAACAUCACGCUGAAGGACAUCUGCUACGCCCCGCUCAACCCUGACAGCCCUCGGCCUACCGACUGCGCUGUCAACAGCCUGCUCCAGUACUUCCAGAACAACAGGAGCCUCAUCGAUGCUGUCGCCAACCAGACCAUGGCAGGGGUGACGGGCACUGUGGACUGGAGGGAUCACUUCCUCUACUGCAUCAACUCGCCUCUCUCCUUUAAGGACAGUACAGAAUUGGGAAUGAGUUGCAUAGCAGAUUAUGGAGCACCUGUCUUUCCAUUCCUGGCUGUCGGCGGAUAUCAAGGCGAAGAUUUCAGCAAGGCAGAAGCCUUCAUCAUAACCUUCUCUCUAAACAACUACCAACCCGACGACCCCAGACAUGAAUUUGUCUUGCUCUGGGAGCGAGAAUACUUAAAGAUUCUCCAGGACUACAAAAAUAACAAGUCCAUCAAAUUCAGCUUUGUCUAUAUGUCAGAGCGGUCCCUGGAGGACGAGAUUAACAGAACCACAGCAGAAGACAUUCCCAUUUUUGCCAUCAGUUACCUGGUGAUAUUCAUCUACAUCGCCUUGGCGCUCGGGGAGUACACAAGUUGGCGAACCGUCAUGAUUGACUCGAAGGUGACGCUGGGGCUAGGCGGAAUUCUCGUGGUCCUGGGCGCAGUUUUUGCGUCCAUGGGGACCUAUGCCUACGCUGGAGUGCCGUCCUCGCUCAUCAUCCUCGAGGUGGUCCCCUUCCUGGUGCUGGCCGUCGGGGCAGACAACCUCUUCAUCCUCGUCCUUCAGUACGGUCAGCGGGAUGGAAGGUCUUACAUGGCUAUCGCGGCAUCCUCCUGGGUCGAUGACUUCAUUGACUGGCUCAAUCCGAUGUCGCGGUGCUGCCGGCUCUUUGCUUCGGGGCCCAACGUUGGCGAGUUCUGCCCGGCAACCAACAAUCAGUUUGCUUGCCGUAAGAAGUGCAUGAAGUCCGGUCAGAGUGGUAUCAUCCGGCCAGAUGUCGAGCAGUUCAAUAUGUACCUGCCCAGAUUCCUGAAUGAUACUCCCACCCUCCAGUGCUCCAAGGGGGGUCUGGGAGCUUACGGAAAUGCGGUGAAAAGAGACCCGAAUGGCACAAUCUUGGCCUCCAGAUUCAUGGCUUACCACACUCCACUGAAAAAUUCACAAGAAUACACUGCUGCUCUGAAGGUAGCCCGUGAGAUUGCUGCCAACAUCACAAAGAGUACCAGGGAAGUCCCGGGAACUGAUCCAAACUUUGAAGUCUUCCCCUACACGAUUACCUAUGUAUAUUACGAGCAGUACCUGACGAUAGUGAAUGAGGGUCUCUUCAACAUUGGACUGUGCCUGAUCCCAACGUUUGUGGUCUGCUGCAUCCUGCUGGGAAUGGACAUUCACUCGGGAUUCCUGAACCUGAUCACCAUCAUGAUGAUUAUUGUGGACACAGUCGGGGUGAUGACCCUGUGGGACAUUCAGUACAACGCCGUGUCCCUCAUCAAUCUCGUGACGGCAGUCGGCAUUUCCGUGGAGUUUGUCUCUCACCUCACGCGCUCCUUCGCCGUCAGCACCAAGAAGAAUAAGGUGGAACGUGCAAAGGAGGCCACUUACACCAUGGGCAGCGCGGUCUUUGCAGGCGUGGCGAUGACCAACCUUCCCGGGAUUAUUGUCCUGUACUUCGCUCAGUCGCAACUCAUCCAGGUCUUCUUCUUCCGCCUCAACCUGGUGAUCACCUUACUGGGCCUCGUUCAUGGCCUGGUCUUCCUGCCUGUACUCCUCAGCUACUUUGGACCAGGCAUUAAUACUGCUGCAUUGCUGCAACAAGACACUAUGAAGGAGCCCCUGCCAGAUAACACAUACGUGGACCGUUGCUUUCAUAACUUUGGCUACAAGGGAUCUGUUGAAGACAAAAUAGCCCACUCAACAACGCAAUGUAACGGGUCAGCUAAGAUGGAGAAACAUACAGUACCGGGAGACAGAGAAACCUUGUCGGAGAAAGGAUCUGACUUGGCAGGAAGUUGUACGGACACUAACUCCACUGUCACUUCGUUUUAACGUCUACUUCUGUUCAGAGACAAAGGUGGAGCUGUGUGGGGAAUCGAACCAGGUUCCCAGCUCUUGCUGCUGGUCGCAAACAAACAGGCCAGGAGCCCUGAGCAUUCCUCCCACCCCCCACCAAACCACCUGGCUGUUGGCAUCCCGGGGGAAAACUGUCACUGUUUUAAAUUGUCCCCGUACGCGGGCCGAAUCCCCAGAUAUUCCCGGUCCACUGAUGCAACACGGAUCUGCCUCGGCCCACGAGAUCCCUGGGAUCCAGUCCGAGAGGAAUCCCACCACCCCCCCACCACCUCCGUUUCCAGAGCCUUGCCUAACCCCACCACCACACGCACAGGCUGUGUCUUGGCAUCUACUCAGCUGGACCAUCGCUAAAGCUGGGUGGUAUCACAAUGGCAUAAAGGAGGCGUUGUGCCCUUUAGCGCAACUGCUUACCAUGAGCUGUCCAAAUAACCUGCACUCCACCCUGACCCCCAACUGUUCCUUCCCUGUGAAUGUCUCCAUCCCC